AUGAGUUUCAACAAGGCUGAUCAACUUAAAGAACCCGAAGCAAUUUUCAUUCAUAAAAAAACGAAUACAUUGUAUGUGGCUGAUUUGGGUAAUGAACGUAUUCAAAUGUUUUCGCUUAAUAAAUUACCGGCCAUGGGUACUACCGUCAUAUUCAAUAUCCCAUAUCCUACGAAGAUCUAUGUUGAUGAUGACAUCAAUGGACAAACAAUUUAUGUCUCUCUUGAAGGCGAGCAUUGUGUCAAAAAAUGGACUCAAGGGGCGACACAUGGCGUAAAAGUCGGAGGUGAAUGUUUAUAUUGUUCAAGCGUAUGGGUUGAUAAAGAGAAAAAUGUUUAUAUGGCAUCGGCGGCCAAACAUUGUGUGUUUAAAUGGUCGCCACGAACGAAUAUCACAACGACCGUCGCUGGUCGAGAAUAUUACGCAGGAUCAACGAGUGACAAUCUCAAUUCUCCCGAAGGAAUUUAUUUCGACGAAACUAGUGGUACAGUGUACGUGGCCGAUUAUGCAAAUAACAGAAUUCAAAAAUGGUUAAAAAAUGCGCCAAAUGGUACCACUGUGGCUGGAUUGAGCACGAGCGCUGCAGGUAGUGAUGCUGAAUCAUUGUCGAGGCCAACUGCUGUAUGGGUUGAUGAUGAAACUCAUGUUGUCUAUGUAGCUGAUUCAUCCAAUGAACGAAUUCAACGUUGGCUGUAUAAUGCACCAAUGGGCGAUACCAUUGCAGGCGGCUUAGGUGAUGGUGAUAAACAAGGUCAACUCGAUCAACCUAAUGACUUGGCAUUUGAUAAUAAUGGCAAUCUCUAUGUGUCCGAUCGAUUAAAUCAUCGCGUUCUCAUGUUUAAAAUUAUCCACAAUGAUCCAUGUUUUCCGACAUCGACAGGUUAUUGA